UCGCACGCCCGUACCAAAUCGUCAAAGGUCUUCGCGAAAGGUUUUCUUUGUCUCUCUCUUCCUCCAACAUUUUUAUAUACACUUGCUAAUCGCGCUUGAUGAAGACUUCGCAGACUCGACCUUCCCAUCUCUUCAUUUUCCUGAUAAACAAUCAAUCGUUUUCAUUUUCCCCAUUUGAAGCUCUAUUUGAUAUUGAAUUCUAGAUAAUUUAUGGACAAAGGAUGGUGCCUUACGCUUAAAAAUUCUGAUCCUACUGGGUUUUUCACGAGCAAGGCAGAUCUCGGAUUUAACAUGAACCCAAGGUUAAAUGUUAAAGAGGGUAUCGAUAAAAUGUUUCCGGUGAAUCUGAAUGGUAGAGAAGAACAUUCUACUUCAUCUCCGGCCGAUGAGAAACGGGUGGUUUUAGGAGAAGUAGACUUCUUUUCCGAUAAGAAUAGGCCCAUCAAGGAUAUGGCUGUCAAAAAGGAAGAUGCACUCACAGCAAAGGAACCUGAUGUUAACACCGGUUUGCAACUUGUUACUGCUAAUAAUGGAAGUGAUCAAUUAACGGUGGACGAUGGCGUUUCAUCUGAGGUAGAAGAUAAGCGAGCAAUAAAUGAGCUAACACAAUUGAAAGUCGAGCUCGAAAGAAUGAAUGCUGAAAAUCAAAGGCUAAGAGGGAUGCUAAGUCAGGUUAGCAGCAAUUAUAGUGCGUUGCAGAUGCAUCUUGUGGCGUUAAUGCAACAGCAGCAAAAUUCAACAGCACAUGAUGGCACACAAGAACGAGAGGUAAUAUUUGCAUUAAUUAUUGAAUUCAAUCUGUAUUUUUUUUUUCGUUGUUGCUGUGAUGAUAAUAUACUAUUACUUGUACAUCGGGUUCAGAUUUUAGACAGAAAAUCUCAAGAGAAGAAAGAAGAAAAUGGAGGGGCAACAGUUCAAAGACAAUUCUUGGACUUAGGCCCUGCCAGGGAAAUUGAUGAUCUCUCUAAUACUUCAACAGAAGAAAGAACACCCUCUGGAUCCCUUACAAAAAAGAUUGGCCGUGUUGAGAGUCCAGAAUCAGACAGUUGUGGUCCUAACAAGAUUCCCAAGUUGAAUCCCUCGAAGCCGGUCGAUCAAUCCACCGUGGCUACCAUGAAGAAAGCUCGUGUUUCGGUUCGAGUUCGGUCAGAAGCUCCGAUGAUUUCUGAUGGAUGCCAAUGGAGAAAAUAUGGCCAAAAGAUGGCAAAAGGAAACCCAUGUCCACGAGCUUAUUAUCGUUGCACCAUGGCAGUCGGUUGUCCAGUGCGCAAACAAGUUCAAAGGUGUGCCGAGGACAAAACAAUCUUGACCACAACCUAUGAAGGAACCCAUAAUCAUCCACUGCCUCCGGCCGCCAUGGCCAUGGCGUCAACCACGUCGGCCGCAGCUAGUAUGCUUCUUUCAGGAUCUAUGCCCAGUGCAGAUGGUUUGAUGAAUCCCAAUUUUCUUGCAAGAACUAUUCUUCCUUAUUCAUCAAACAUGGCAACAAUUUCUGCCUCCGCUCCUUUUCCUACGGUCACUUUAGACCUAACUCACAGUCCAAAUCCAUUACAACUCCAAAGAGUACCCCCUACUCAAUACCAAGUCCCUUUCCCAGUCCCUCCUCAAAACUUUGUUUCAGCUCCAACUUCGCAAAUGCCUCAGGUUUUUGGGCAAGCCAUGGUCAACCAGUCCAAAUUUUCGGGUUUACAAAGUUCUCAGAAUAUUGAACAAAUUCAGCCACCGCAGCACCACCACUCCUUCGCUGACAUAAGUGCCGCCACUGCAGCGAUCACAGCUGAUCCCAAUUUCACUGCCGCCCUUGCCGCGGCAAUCACCUCCAUCAUGGGUGGCUCACGUCCAGACAUUGGUGACACUCCCAAUAACAAUACAAGCACUAGCAACAAGUCCAGCAGUUUUCUGGAGAAUUAAUCCUACCGUUUCAGUUAUUUGUUUGUGGCAAUUUUUUUCUUUUUACACUUAUAUAUCAAAAUACCUUUAUUUCUGAUUUUUCAUUCAUUAUGUUUCUUAAACUAUGAGACUCUAAUGUGAAUUUACCUGUUCAUAUA